UACUGAGCCCUUCUUCAUUUAGGGCCCUGCUAAAGUUUUGUUUGACUAUAAAAAGUGUUGCUGCUUAUUGGGUUCGAGAUGAAGUACAGUUUUUUUGCUAGGUGAGAUGAAAUAAUCGAAUAAUCGAUGAGCAAUUGUAUCGAGACACCCACCAAAAAGCAGAAGACUGUUCUUGAAAGCCAACAGGGGAAUACAAUAGAAAAGCCAAAACUUUUCAUACAAAGAUAUGACUUCAGGAAGGGGUUACGUUCUGAAAACCUCUUCCUAAAGAAAAUUCCACUUCUCUUCCGAUUAUGAGACCAAAAGGUCCAAAACCAUCAAAUCCAAUCAGACUGAGACCAUUUGCUUGUUGGGUCUUCGAAAUCGUUUCCCUUUCCUAUGAUUUUUGGCCUCUUCUAUGUUCUGUUCUUUCUUGGAGCAUGAAUUUGUUCAGAGAAUUCCAUAUUGUUUAUGGCCUACCUAGUACUUCUUGAUAGAAAUCCCCAAUCCUUCAUUUUCGUUCCCAUUUUCCAUGUCAAUUUAGGCUUCCUCCUUUAUUGAAUUUGUCUAGGAACGCAUUGUUACCGAAAGGAGAUCCUUGUUUAAUAAAAUAAGGGUUUAACGGUCGGUGCACGUUGUCAGGUUGUCUUUGUGUUAAAACCUUUGCAGAAUUAAAGAAAAACGCCUCAGAUUCUUCCUUUCCCUAUCAUUAAGGUGGUUUUGCAUCUAAGUUCAUCUUUUCCAAGAGUCUCAGAUCAGCAUCAUCAUUAGAAUUUGGAAUUAUCGUAAUGGGGAGGAAGUUGCUUCGGGAUUUUUGACAUUUCUGCAGAGAAAGCUUUCGUUCACGAAAAACCCAGAUCACAAUCAUCUCUGCAAACCGAAAUUCUCUUUUGGAGCAGAGUUCUAGUAAUCCAGUUGCUUCUUUUAUUGCAUAACACUGGUUUCGCUUCUUCUCUAUUUCGUUCUUAAUUCUGUCCCAGUCCCAGAGCAGAAAUUCUGUGCAAAAAUAACUCACGUUAAUUCCACAAUGUUACUUUCUGUAAAAGCCCAUUUUCCCGCUCCCACCCUGAUCUGACACCAUUGCAUUUGCUUCUAAGGAUUUCCUCAGAAGUUGCGUUCUCUCUUUUUAAUUCUCACAUCAUGGGUUGCAUACAUGGUAAGUGCUGUAGUCGUUAUCCAUCCUCCUCUGACGGAGAUAUCCCAGACUCGCAAGAAGUUGGUCCGUGUUGUAGCAGCAGCAACCUCCAUGUUCAUGGAAAUCAUGGCGACGCACUCACUGAGAACUCGUUGGAGUUGGCCCUCGUGCCUUCCCACAAGUUCUGUUUGGGGUAUUCGGUCCUCACUAAACGAGGCUACUACCCUGACUUUCCUGAUAAAGAAAAUCAAGAUAGUUUCUGCAUCAAGACCCAGGUCCAAGAUAAUCCAAACCUCCAUUUCUUUGGGGUCUUCGAUGGGCACGGUCAGUUCGGCACCCGGUGUUCGAAUUUUGUUCGAGACAGGUUGAUAGAAAUCCUCUCUAGUGAUCCUGCAUUGUUGGAUGAUCCUGUAAAAGCAUACACUUCUGCAUUUCUAGCCACAAAUUCCCAACUUCACGAUAGCGAGAUAGACGAUUCAAUGAGCGGUACCACUGCAAUUACUGUUCUGGUCAGUGGAAACACGCUCUUUGUUGCAAAUGUGGGUGACUCAAGAGCAGUAAUGGCGGUCGAGAAUGGGAAUCGGGUUGUUGCAGAGGACUUGUCACACGACCAGACACCAUUUAGGAGGGAUGAAUACGAGAGAGUGAAGCUUUGUGGGGCAAGGGUUUUGAGUGUCGAUCAGGUAGAAGGACUGAAGAACCCAGACAUUCAGACCUGGGGUGAUGAAGAAAGUGAGUGUGGCGAUCCCCCAAGGCUGUGGGUACAGAACGGGAUGUAUCCUGGGACUGCAUUUACCAGGAGUGUGGGCGAUAGUACAGCUGAGAAGAUUGGUGUAAUUUCUGUUCCCGAGGUAUUGAAGAUUCAGCUCACACCUAACCACCUGUUCUUUGUGAUUGCAAGCGAUGGUGUUUUCGAAUUUCUCUCCAGCCAAGAUGUUGUCAAUAUGGUGAUGGGAUAUACAGAUCCUCAAGAUGCAUGUGCUGCCAUUGCUGGAGAAUCAUAUAGGCUAUGGUUAGAGCAUGAAAAUCGAACAGACGAUAUCACAAUCAUCAUUGUACAUAUUAAAGAUCUAACUAAUGUAUGAAGGGGAUAAGUAUUCCUCUCGCCACUGGUUUUAGGUGCAAAUGAAAUCAGAUGUCCCAUCAGGUGGUGGUGGGUGGACUGUAAGCCUAUAGUGGUUUAGUCAUGUUGUGAUAAGAAUGCAGAGGAGUGACACUGUGACACCACCUGCUGGAGAUGGCUAUUUAUUGCAGUUAAUCUCUACUGAAAGGUUGUUUGCCAGAUGUUUUUGUGAGUUCCAUUAGUCAGGUUCUGAUGCUACUGAUGGAACAAGUGGAGACGUGGAGUUACCAGCAAAUCAGCUCUGUUGAUGAUAGGAGAAGGAUUUUCUGAAAUACCUGUUUCCACCAGAUCAGAAGUAUACUGUUGAAUGCAACACAAUUUUCAGAAUUGUAGCCUUGUCAGCUUAAUAUUCUCACAAAACACACUGCAUGCAUGGUAAAAUCUCUUAACACAUCUUACUUGCUUGGAAAUGGUUGCUUCCUCGUUCUGUGCUGAGUUCCUCAUUGUUUCCACUUCUCUCUAAUUUAAGACUGGUUUUUCUUUUUCAUUGGCAGUAAUAAAGUUACACGGACUUCAAGUAGUUGCCUUUCAUCGCUCAUUUUACUACAUAAAGGGUACCAACAUGCUAUUCACAAAUAGAAAUCAUGAACUUUGUUUAAAUCUUUUUUCUUUUGGUUUGGGGGGGAGGGGGGGAGAUGCAUUUAAAUUUCAAUUACAUGCUUUGUUCAUCGUGUUUGUUUGUGUGUUCUGUGGAGAGUAAGCAAGAGAGUACCAGUUGUAUGAUCCUAAAAUUAACAAGUUUUUUAUCAAGUGAAAUUUCCAUUCAUUAGAGUCUUUGUUGCUGAA